AUGUCCAGCACUUCCCUCCGUACGCACCUCCCCCUUCAGGUCCCGGCUCUUACAGUGUACAAUCAUGAAGAUACGAGAAAUGCUGAGGCAUCUACCAUCUACAAAACCGGGGAUGAUCUACGGGAAGAGCCAGGUCUGGACGCACCUAGCCAAACAACAGCAACAACCGUUAGCAGGGCGGAUUUUCCGCUUCAUGAACCGAGAAAUUCUUCCCCAGCAACUCGAGAGGACUGGGAUAACGAAGCAACAGAGGGAGUCACGGACCGAUCCAAUUUACCUUGGAAAGCUAAAUGGCAGCUAGCUAGCGCAUGCCUCAUGAACUUCGGCAAUGGUAUGAAUGACAGUGCUCCUGGAGCACUGAUUCCGUACGUCGAGACAGACUAUGGGAUUGGCUAUGCAAUUGUGUCACUAUUCUUCAUUUCCAACGCCCUUGGGUUCAUCAUCGCUGCGCCUCUCACACAUACCAUCGAUAAAGCCUUGGGUCGUCGUGGAACUUAUGCUUUAUCAAUGGGUCUUCUUAUCACUGGCUACACGAUCAUUGUCUGUCAUCCUCCAUUUCCAGUCAUUGUCACUGCAUUCUUCUUGCUCGGAUUCGGCAUGGCCCUGAGUAUUGCCCUCAACAAUGUCUUUUGUGCCAAUCUUCCAGACUCCACGACUGCCCUUGGUUGCUUCGCGGGUUCCUAUGGCAUUGGGGGCGUUAUUUCACCACUGAUAGCGACCGUAAUGGUCUCUAAAGAUAUCCGAUGGUCUUUAUUCUAUACUAUUGCAAUGGCAGUUUCUGUGGCCAACCUUGCACUAUCGCUGUGGGCUUUUGCCGAAUUCGAAGUUAGCAGUCCGUUAAGAAGUGCGGCACAGUCUACAUCAUCUUCAACAGUCAACAACGAGCCUAACAGUCGCAUUCAAGUCUUGAAAAUGGCCCUUCGAAGCCGCACCACAAUUUUUGGGUCUCUCUUUAUAUUCGUCUAUCAAGGAGCAGAGGUAUCAGUAUCGGGGUGGGUAGUGUCCUUUCUGAUCGACUAUCGAGGAGGCAAUCCAUCUCACGUUGGCUAUGUGAGCGCCGGAUUCUGGGCCGGAAUAACCCUAGGGCGGUUUCUGCUAGUAUAUCCGGCUCAUCGGUUUGGAGAAAAGAUAUCUGUUGCGUUAAUGGUCGCAGGGGCCGUUCUGUUUCAGCUGAUGGUUUGGCUUAUUCCAAACAUUGUCGGUGAAGCCGUGGCUGUGGCAAUUUUGGGUGUAUUGCUGGGAGCCGUCUUUCCAUGUGCUACAGCAGUCUUUGCUAAGUUGCUCCCCCGGAGAAUACAGCUGUCAAGCUUGAGUUUUAUCAGUGCGCUUGGCAGUAGCGGCGGAGCAGUAUUUCCAUUCCUCACUGGUAUCCUAGCGCAGAAUGUGGGCACAAUGGUACUUCAUCCUAUCUGCCUUGCUCUAUAUGGGGCUAUGGCUAUAAGUUGGAGCCUGUUGCCAAAGAUAGUGAAACCGUCCGAUUGA